CGAUCAUAGUUCUACGUAACACGUAAAUAUAUAAAGUACUUUGGUAUUUACAUAGUAUUAACCAGCCAGUAAGCAGUUUGUUAAUACCUUACAAGUACUGUACUGUAAAGAUUAUUUAACACGGAUCAAUUUCGCGUAUUGACUAAUGUUUUAUCGGACGUAAAAACAGCAGAUAUUUUAGAUAAAACAUUGAACAAAAAGUAGGUUAAAGCAAAACAUGCAAGGUUUAUUUCAAGGAUUUUGUAACACGGUUUUCAAAGCGGAACCUUAUAUGUCUUUUUGUGAUAAUGAUGACGAUGGGAAUAAUGUGUUGAUUCGUGGUCAGAUAAAUGGCGAUGAAAGAAUAUCUGAAGUUACUGUUUCGCCUAUCCAAUUUCAAAAUAACAAUGAAGAAUAUAUCCCUCCAGGGACUAAUGUUCGGUGUAAUACCUGGAACGGUAACUCCUCUGAGGAAAGUUUAGACGCUGCAAAGAAACGACACAAACAAGAUUCAAGACAUCGUAAACCCUUUCUGCCACCUUGUGUUGUGUGUGGGGAAACGUCGACAGGAUUCCAUUAUGGCGCAAACACCUGCGAAGCUUGUAAGGGAUUCUUCAGAAGAAAUUUGAUGAAAGACGAAGUGGAGUACAAAUGUAAAUGCACGCCGGAAAUGCAGGAAGCAUGGAAACGAGGUCCAAGAAAAAAUGGAUGCCAAGCAUGCAGAUACAAGAGAUGUCUUGCAGUGGGGAUGUCUAGAAAUGCCAUUAAGCUGGGCAGAUACACUUACAACCACAAAACAAGAAACACCAAGCAGGCGAAGUACAUUGAAUCGUUAAAUAACAACAAGGAAGAGAUACCUACGUUCUCAGAAAAUAGUCCGUCAUCCUCAUCCUCUUCUUCUACACACUCUUCCUCAGCACAUGUUCAGUAUGAUACGUUUUCGCCGGAAAACUUUGGUAUUUCAUUAACAGCGCAUGUAACAGAUAAUUCUAUUGGUCCGUAUGAUUACUGUGAUAGUCCAAUGAAAACUACCAACAGAAAAGCAGCAACCAAAACUCACAUCCUUGCCAUGGGCAUCAGUCAACAGGAAAUAGACACAGAUGUAAGAAUCGUCACUGAGGCACAUCUAGCCAGCGUAAAUCCUGUUGGCACACCAAUAGAAAUCAUCAAGAAAAAACAGGAUGAGUACUUGGAAAGCUACAAAUCCAGGCAGCAAAACGGUGAUCAUCCAGACACUGAUUGUCAAAUGCACCAGGCGGCUAAUUUGUUAACCCUCUUUGAAGAGAAGGUUAUAAAGGCGGUGUCCUUUGCCAAAAAGAUACCAGGGUUUAGGGAUCUGAGGCUUGACGACCAAGCUAGCUUAAUCAAAGCGUCACGUAUUGAAUUGACACUGUUUUGCGCGUACAGAUACCUUCUAACCCACCUAGACUUUGACCGACAGGUAGUAACAAGCCCUUGGGGAGAAGAACUACAUUUAGAUGAACUUAGCCAACUUAUACCUAUAAAUAUUACCAUGAAAAGAUACCAGUAUGCCCAGCGUUUGGAAGAUCUUAAACUUACGAUACAAGAGCUGAGUGUUUUGCGUGCCAUUAUAACCUUAGCUUCAGACCGAUGUCAAUUAAUAGAGCCAGAUAAAGUCGACGCUCUUCAACAGAAAUAUGUCACGUGUUUACAACAUCUGCUCAACAUCCGGCCACGUGGUCCUGGUACCCUGCUGUAUAAAAUAUUCAACUUUAUCACUAACGUUCGCGAGCUGACGGAGGUAGAAGGUGAAUUGUCUAAGAAAUUGUUGUCUGAAUGGCCUACGGUGUCCAAGGAUAAUUUUUAUUUGUUGAAAGAACUGAGUACCUGAUAUACCGCCUUGUACAAGUAAUAAUAUGGUUAACAUCGGUCGAGGGCAAAAUUGCUGCAACUAGUUCCAACUGCGUUAUAUCUCAGAAAUAACACCACUUAGUUGAAGCUGUACAGUUAAGAAAUGACGGUUGCAAAGGGUUCCUUACCUUGUGUUAGUUUCCGAGACAAGUGGUCGCGAUUGAAUUCCUCAUUGGAUAUCGAUUGAAUGCCUCAUAUUAUCUCGAUUGAAUGUUUCAUGGGAUUUCGGGCAUCUCAGUUGAAUGUCUGAGAGGCUGUCGAUUGAAUAUUGAAUGCCAAAAGGUUUUCCAAUUGAAUGCUUCACAGGACUGCGGGGAUAUCAUGUCUCAUGGGAUCUCGACUGAAUGUAUCAAGGAAUUUAAUUUGAAUGCCCCGUGGGAUCUCGAUUGCAUGUAUCACAAGAUCUCAAUUAAAUGCCUCACGUGAUCGCGACUGAAUGCAUCACGAGAUCUCAUUUGAAUGCCCAUGGGUAUCUCGAUUGAAUGCCUCUUUGAUUUCAAACUGCGUUAUUCCGGUUGAUUUUAGACGCAAGUCAAAAACAUUCAAAUUUACUGAAAAAAAAGUCUGCUGUUGAAAAAUAAUAAAACAAACAAUGUUGGGUUCUAUAUGUCAGUUGAUAGACCUACUUAGAAAACAACAGUAAAUAUUAUAUUUCUAAAAUACAGUCAUCAUUAAGAAUGACACUAAUUGCCCUAGCAUCUGCUGCAAGUAACACUAUGGUUUAAAGUUUUCUUGUUUAAUUGUCACAGAAUCAAUUUAAUAUUAGAAAUUAAGUGGCCAAAAAUAUUGAAUUAGUUGUCCGGUCAUGUUAGUUUAGAAUAAUUUUAGUGUUCUCAAAAGUCAGCUAUUGUUGUCAUUCAUUUCGCAUUAAAAGUAUAAGAUGU